AUGGUAACACGUAACGGCGAGCGAUGGCUUAGUGACGAUCGCGGCGAGAGGGGAGAGCGCGGCGGCGAGGGGGGCGGGGGCAGCGCGGCCCGCGGGGCGUUCUGCGCGCGCAGAGAAAGGACGCGAGUGGUGAUCCGGUCUAAUGAGACCUCGGAGAAGAGGAGCGCGCUACACUGUGAGGCAGCUCAUGUAAAUAUUAGGAGAGGCAGUCAGAGAUCAAGCAGACCUGGUCGUGGAAUUGUCGAAAUCGACCUCAUGCGCGACAAAAGGAAAAAUCGCAAAGAUAGCGAACAAGGAGUAGGAUAUCGCGGAGCGUCACUUACCUGGGGGCUGGGAGCGGGCAGCAGUCGGCGUCUCUGGCUUCGGUCGGCGGUGGUAUGCACUAUGCCAGUGGCGGAUGCUGUGCUAUAUGUAUUUAUGAGUAUUGCGGUGGCUAGUACGCUGGCGCGCGGGACCACGUCGACGCAGAGCGAUGCCGCAUUGUGUUCUAUACGACUAUACGUAUGCGCGGAAGAACUUCUCGCUCCAACGCCCCUCCCACCCCUCCCGCCCCGCCUCGCGUCGCAUUUGGCAAAAGCAAAACGCCAAAACGCUCCAUCCUCAAACGGAAACGCUACAAUCACUGUUUCAUUCCAA